CUCAGUUUAGUCGGUGAAACGCACUCGCCGUGAAUAGUCCGAUCAUAAAUACAAAAUUUAAAUUACAAAAUAACUGAAUAAAAUUAAAUUUGAAACUAAAGUAAAAUAUAAAAAAAAACUAACACAUUUUUUUUUACAUAUGGUCGAACACCCCUUCUCGAUCAGCAAUCGCAGAGAACGCAGCUAGCGUAAAGAAUAUCUCUCCCAGACGCACUGCAAUUUUCCGCUAAACUUUUGCUGAAUUGUCACCUUUAAAGCUUGUUUUGGUUUCUUUUUUUUUUUUUGUUUUUGGUUUUUGCUCUACAUAAGCAGACAUAAAACGUGAAUGUGAAACGCAUGAAAAUCGCGUGGUAUCGACAAGAAAACUCAGCGGCAGCGAAGGAAAACGAAAGACAAACGCCGCACAACGUAAAAGAGGCUCAGUAGCUAACAAAAGCACGCCAGCUGCUGGCUGGUUGUUAAUAUUGCCUUUGCAAAGCAAAAUUCUAAGUGAUGGUUGCAGUGAAAAUUUAGGAAAAAGCAGAUACCAAUACGCUCAGUCGCCCCUGACGUGUUGUGUUUGGGGUCACUACGCACACAUACACGCCGCGCUAGUGGCGUCGCUCUGCCUUCACUGUCUUCCACGAAGAUUCUCCAUCCAUCCAUUGAAGGAGUUGUUGGUGUGCAUUGGGCUAUAAAAAUAUCAAGGCGCCGGUCAGUGCUGAAGUUGUUGGAACGAGAUUUACGCAUAGUUGUUUUUCGUUGUUGUUUGAGCUAUUAAAUUUUGUAGUAAAUAGCUGUGAAAUUGAGCGACAGAAGAGACCGCCACCGCCACCGCCAGUUGGCCGCAUUUGGCGCCAAUGAAAAAUCACAACAGCAACGUAGACGCAGACGCAGAAAGACGAGAAGCAAAAGCCAAAGAGUGGUUCGCAUUGAGUGUGAAAAGUGAAAGUGUAAUGAAGUGUAUUUUCUAAUUUGCAACAACAAAGAAACGCGUAAAAUCAAUGAAUAAUAAACGGACGGAAAAUAAAAUCUAAAAUAAUUCAAAUAUCAAAUUUGAACUAAAAUAAAAAACCAAAAAAUUUAGAAUCUGUGUAUAUUUUUAUACAAAAAAAGAAAACAAAAUUAACAAACUGUGUAUAUUUUAGUCCAAAAAAAAUAAAUAAAAAUAAAAUAAAAAAAUCGUGCUACAAAAGAAACUUUGUAAAUUUUCUACUCAAAGAUUAUAUUUCUUGUUAAUAAGAAAAAGGCAUCACCGAAAAACAUUGCAUUUAAAUGAACUGAAAGAAAACGAAAAUUGUUUUCAAAUUUUCAAUUGUGUUUAAAAAUAAAUAAUAUAGAAAUAAAUACCUUGCACUACUCAGAAAGCCUCAUCAAAUUUGACAAAUACAAAUUUCAGCUACUUGUAGUAAAACGAUUGCAACCAGAAUUGUCCGAACCAACCAAACAGCCUCAUAAAUAAAAAAACUUUUUAAGCGAAUAGAAACGCAACGAUGACAGCAAAAACGAAGCCGGAAUGUAAUGAGAAGGUGAAGGAGACUAUUAGCGAAAAGACUUUCAAAGAUAUACUCACCGAACAGUUAGAACGCAUCGGAACGGGUGGCGCUUAUGUUUGGACACUAUUCUUUUUAUGCGUCUUACCAAAUAUCCUUAAUGGUUUUCAUGUCUCCUCAUAUACGCUGCUGGGCCAUUUGCCUGAAGAUCAGUGGUGCGUUGUGUCCGAUCUUCAGUCCACCAAUUGGUCCGUUGGCGAACAACGGCACAUAUCACAACAUAAUCUCGACACGCGUGGCUGUACAAUAUGGCAUUACGAUUACGAGCAGCUGAGUACGAUGACCUACGAAGAUGCGCUCAACUAUGUUGAAAACCAAGCUGAGACCGGCUCACCAGCAGAGAUUCCGUGCCUUUCACGUGGCGUAUACGCUUACUCGGAUGCCGAAACCACAUUCGUGGCCGAUUGGGAUCUGGUGUGCGAUCGUGCUAUACAGCGCACCUCAGCACAGGUGGCCAUAUCGUUGGGCAAAUUUUUUGGUUCCUUCUCUUUUGGCGUUUUUGCCGAUAAAUUUGGACGUAAAACUUCCUUCACAUUGGGUGCUGUCUUUUUCAUAGCGUCCAGCCUUUUAUGCACAUUCUCACCCUGGUAUUGGCUUUUCUUAGCGGGUCGUUUCGGUUUGGGUGCCGCAUCGUCGGGUCUUUUCUAUCCGGCUUUCACAAUGAUCGUGGAAAAUAUCUGCUUGCGCCACCGUUCCUGGAUGUCAAUCGCUUUUUCGGGCUCUUAUCCGGUUGGUAUGAUCUUGAUGGCCAUUGCUGGAUAUUUCGUGCCUCAAUGGCGUUAUCUGCAGCUGACUCUCACAGUACCGUCAGUUUUGUUGAUACUCAAUUGCUUUUUAAUGAAUGAAUCGCCACGUUGGCUUAUAACGAAGAAACGCUACAAUGACGCCUACCGAAUCUUAUUCAAGCAGAAAUGUCACUACGAAAUUCAGAAGGAAUCCAUUGAAGCCAUCACCGAUAAGCAGGCCGAAGCUCAACCUGAAGAGAAACUUUCACUUUGGACUAAACUGAAGGAGGGUCCGCUUAAACAAUUUAGUGAGCUUUUUGGCACGUGGAAACUGCGCCGCCUCAUUUUCACCUCUUACUUUAUGUUCUGUGUAACCUCGCUCAGUUACUAUGUAACGGCACUAAAUGCCGCCAAUUUAUCGGUGAGCCGAUAUCUCUAUGUUGCCAUUACCGGCAUGGUGGAUCUACCCUCAUAUCUGGUGCCCAUGAUAAUGCUACGUUUCUUCGGACGUCGUACAACUACAGCGUCACUAUUUAUGCUGACAGGAGUGCCAUUGCUUUUGGUGCUCGUUGUGCCCACAGGGGAAAUCAUUUGGAUCAUUUCAUUUGCGAUGUUGGGUCGUUUCGGUAUUAGUGCCACAUAUUCCAUAGUCACUCUCUACACCGCCGAACUGUAUCCCACCGAAGUGCGCAAUUCGGCAUUGGGCACAUGUUCGACAUGGGCACAUGUAGGCUCCAUUUCAGCGCCUUAUGUAGUGGAUGUGCUGGGCUUGCUCGGCUGGUAUAUUCCAACAACAAUUUGCGGAUGUUCCGUUUUAGUAGCUGGUCUGCUUACGCUCACUCUGCCCGAGACGAGCACUCAUAAGUUGUCGGAUCGCGUUGAGGAAGUUCCCUCCGAAUCGGAAUCGGACCCGAGUUCCGAUUCAGAAACUGAAGACAACACAACUUCGAAUGUGGCUAAGGCGAAAGAAAUUGAAAGCAGUGAUAAAAUUUAGUUUUUAAUUGUUAUUACAUUAUUUUUUGAAAAUUGUAAUAGUUUUGCAAAAGUUCCAUUGAUUAUCAUUUAAGUGAGUUUAUAAGGAAAGCAAAAACCGAAUGCAUCAUGGCUCGUGUUGUGAUCAAAGGUGUUGAAUAGUAUUAGAAUUUUAAAUACAAAUGUAUGAAUUUACAAGCAAAUUAGUUUGCGCAAAAAAAAUAAUAAAAAAUCACUAAUUUAUUCGUACAUAAAUAUAAACAUAAAAAAUGAUGUAU